GAUAGCUGCUGCCCGGGAGAGGUGACCCGGGCGCCCUGCUAGGGCGACGGCCCCUGCCCCUCGGGCCGGGAUCAUGAAAGGCCUCGGAGACAGCCGCCCUCGCCACCUCUCCGACAGCCUGGACCCACCACAUGAGCCCCUGUUUGCAGGGCCUGACCGUAACCCCUACCUGCUCUCGCCCACAGAGGCCUUUGCCCGCGAGCCUCGCUUCCCUGGACAGAACACGCUGCCAGGGGAUGGCCUUUUCCCACUCAACAACCAGCUGCCACCACCCAGCAGCACCUUCCCUCGCAUCCACUACAACUCCCACUUUGAGGUGCCAGAGGAGAGCCCCUUCCCUAGCCACGCCCAGGCCACCAAGAUCAACCGGCUGCCUGCCAACCUCUUGGACCAGUUUGAGAAGCAGCUGCCCAUUCACCGUGAUGGCUUCAGCACCCUCCAGUUCCCACGCGGCGAGCCCAAGGCUCGUGGUGAGAGUCCCGGCCGCAUCCGCCACUUGGUCCACUCGGUCCAGCGGCUCUUCUUCACCAAGGCACCCUCACUGGAGGGUACAGCAGGAAAGAUUGGUGGCAAUGGCAAUAAGAAAGGUGGCCUGGAGGACGGCAAGGGCCGGAGGGCUAAAAGCAAGGAUCGGGCCAAGGCCGGGGAGCCCAAACGGCGGAGCCGCUCCAAUAUCUCAGGCUGGUGGAGCUCUGAUGACAACUUGGAUGGUGAAGGUGGCGCCUUCCGGAGCAGUGGUCCAGCCUCCGGCCUGAUGACCCUUGGCCGCCAGCCAGAACGCACCCAGCCCCGCUACUUCAUGCACGCCUACAACACCAUCAGCGGGCAUAUGCUUAAAGCCACCAAGAACACCACCACCGAGCUGACUGCGCCGCCGCCCCCACCUGCGCCCCCGGCCGCCUGCCCCAGCCUUGGGGUGGGUACUGACACCAACUAUGUCAAGCGGGGCUCCUGGUCCACUUUGACUCUCAGCCAUGCCCAUGAGGUCUGCCAGAAGACCUCGGCCACCUUGGAUAAGAGCCUGCUGAAGUCCAAGUCUUGCCACCAGGGCCUAGCCUACCAUUACCUGCAGGUGCCCGGCGGCGGCGGCGAGUGGAGCACGGCGCUGCUGUCCCCACGCGAGGCGGAUGCCGCGGCCGAGGGGCCCAUUCCGUGCCGGCGCAUGCGCAGCGGCAGCUACAUCAAGGCCAUGGGCGACGAGGACAGUGACGAGUCCGGCGGCAGCCCCAAGCCCUCACCCAAGACGGCAGCGCGGCGUCAGAGUUACCUGAGGGCCACGCAGCAGUCGCUAGGAGAGCAGAGCAACCCCCGCAGGAGUCUAGACCGCCUGGAUUCAGUGGACAUGCUUCUGCCCUCCAAGUGUCCAAGCUGGGAGGAGGACUACAACCCCAUCAGCGACAGCCUCAAUGACUCCAGCUGCAUCAGCCAGAUAUUUGGACAGGCCUCCCUGAUCCCCCAGUUGUUUGGCCAUGAUCAGCAGGUGCGGGAAGCAGAUCUGAGUGACCAGUACGAGGCAGCCUGUGAGUCAGCCUGCAGCGAAGCCGAGUCUACAGCAGCAGAGACGCUCGACUUGCAGCUGCCUGGUUACUUCCGCUCCCGAAGCCACAGCUACCUGCGGGCCAUCCAGGCAGGCUGCUCGCAGGAGGAGGACAGCGUCUCCCUGCAGUCCCUCUCCCCGCCGCCCAGCACCGGCAGCCUCAGCAACAGCCGCACGCUUCCAAGUACAUCAUGCUUAGUGGCAUAUAAGAAGACCCCACCCCCAGUCCCUCCACGCACCACGUCAAAGCCGUUCAUCUCAGUCACAGUUCAAAGCAGUACCGAGUCUGCCCAGGACACCUAUCUGGACAGCCAGGACCACAAGAGUGAGGUGACGAGCCAGUCAGGCCUGAGCAACUCGUCAGACAGCCUGGACAGCAGUACAUGGCCACCCAGCGUGACACGGGGUGGAGUUGCCCCAGGCUCUGAGGCCCCUGAGCCACCCCCAAAACAUGCAUCUCUGAAGAGUGACCAAGGGACACUGACCAGCUCUGAGUCCCACCCUGAGGCUAUCCCCAAAAGGAAACUGUCAUCGAUAGGAAUACAAGAGAGGACUAGAAGGAACGGUUCUCAUCUCUCGGACGACAACGGACUCAAAGGGAUCGAUGUGAUGGCACCCUCCUCAGAAAGCAGUGCCCCUUCCCACAGCAUGUCCUCCCGACGGGACACCGACUCAGAUACCCAGGAUGCCAAUGAUUCAAGCUGUAAGUCAUCUGAGAGGAGCCUCCCGGACUGUACCGCACACCCCAACUCCAUCAGCAUCGAUGCUGGCCCCCGGCAGGCCCCUAAGAUUGCCCAGAUCAAGCGCAACCUCUCCUAUGGAGACAACAGCGACCCUGCCCUAGAAGCGUCCUCGCUGCCCCCACCUGACCCCUGGCUUGAGACAACCUCCAGCUCCCCAGCGGAGCCAGCACAGCCAGGGGCUUGCCGCCGAGAUGGCUUCUGGUUCUUAAAGUUACUUCAGGCCGAAACAGAGCGGCUAGAAGGCUGGUGCUGCCAGAUGGACAAGGAGACCAAAGAGAACAACCUCUCUGAAGAAGUCUUAGGAAAGGUCCUCAGUGCUGUAGGCAGUGCCCAGCUACUCAUGUCCCAGAAGUUCCAGCAGUUCCGGGGCCUCUGUGAGCAAAACUUGAACCCCGAUGCCAACCCACGUCCCACAGCCCAGGACCUGGCAGGGUUCUGGGACUUACUACAGCUGUCCAUCGAGGACAUCAGCAUGAAGUUUGAUGAACUCUACCACCUCAAGGCCAACAGCUGGCAGCUGGUGGAGACCCCCGAGAAGAGGAAGGAAGAGAAGAAACCACCCCCUCCGGUCCCAAAGAAGCCAGCCAAAUCCAAGCCAGCCAUGAACCGAGACAAGGCCUCAGACGCCGGGGACAAACAGCGCCAGGAGGCCCGCAAGAGACUCCUGGCAGCUAAGCGGGCUGCUUCGGUGCGGCAGAACUCAGCCACAGAGAGUGCAGACAGCAUUGAGAUUUAUGUCCCCGAGGCCCAGACACGGCUCUGAGACCAGGAAGGAAACGAUUUUAAGUCAUUAAAAACACUGAAAAACUCAAUGCAAAUGGAACAAAAUUUUUCUCAACCUUUAGUAGGAUUAUUCUAUCUAGAGACCCUGAGCCAACUUUCAAAUUGAUGCAUACAAGGGCUCACAAUGUGGCUUUUUUGGGUCCCUCCCAGCUUUAGGUUAUGAAGACAUCACACACAUACACAAAAGUCAACAUGAAACUUUUUUUUUUCCUCUUGCUGGCCGUGGUGACUAGAUAGAUGGACUCCGGCAACUCCCCGACCCAGCCUCCAGACUGCGGUCUUUUUACUCAUUCUGUCUAAUGAGAACUUAAACUAGCUUGUUUACAAGACGACUGUCCAAGGGCAGCCUUGGGCACCUACCAUGUCCUUCCUGUUCCCAGCUCCCCCCCUCUGACCCUGGGUUUUUGCUCUUCUGUUUAUCUUUUCCCUUCGGAGCUCACACAGGGGUCCCCCUCCUAUAUUAUACUUUCUGGUUCUUGGCCCCUUUGCGGUCGAGGGCCAAGAGAGGCUCACCCCCCUAAGCUUCCUGGCCAAAUGCUCACACACUCACACACACGUAGGUUCCUUCUCACAGGCCCAGCACUGCCCACUGCCAUUCCAGCCCUUGGCAGUGGCAGGUGGGUGACAUGCCUCUAAGCAGAUGAGGAAAGCUGGAAAAUAUUUAGGGGGAAAAAGAUAAAAGCCACAGUUUUCACAUGCCAGACUCCCACCUUUUUCUUCUCUCAGCCCCUUCCUCAGCAAAAGAGAAUUUAUGACCAGCAUGUGCUCAGGAGAAGGACCCCAUUUUCCAAGGGGUUGUCUGUCCUCAGCUGAGCCUGUGUACAGUCCCCCAUGGGGCGGGCAGCUGUGUCUGUAUGUACGUGUACAUAUGCACAUAGACCCUUAGAGUGUAUAUUUAACAAAUGCCCAUCUGCUCACCCAUGCCAGCACCUCCACUGUCUCUCGGGGCACCAGCUGGAGGUGGGUAUGUGAAUAGCAUAUAUUUUUACAUGUACUAUAUCUAGGUGUGUGUACAAGUGUGUGUAAAAAUAUAUACCUUGUGUGUAAGCAGCCCUCCCCCCUUUUUUUUCUUUUAGUCUCUCACCCUGCCCCCUCUCCUAUGGGCCCCUCUGCCCACCCUCAGUUUUCUGUUCUGUUCUUUUUUGUUUCUGGUUUUGUUUUCACCUCAGUUCUAUCUCUCCUCUGCCCCUAACCCCCACUCCCAGGGUGUCAUGAGCCCUGAGCUGCAAUGGCCUGGGUCUGCAGGGUGGGGUGGGGAGGGCAAGGCAAGGGCAGGCCAUGGGCACAGGAGCCAGGCAAGGCUGCACUCAGCACGGGAGGGGCUGCUCUAUACUGUGUAUACGACUUUAUGGCAUUGGAGACAUCCUCUUGUCCGGCACUAGCUGCAGGGGCCCUAGUGAACCAAGGGCCUACUCUGGGCUGCCCUUGGGCCCCAUUCCAGCUUGGCCGCUGUCUGUGACCUUGGGCAAGUCACUUGACCUCUGUGUGCCUCAACUUCCUCCUCUGUAAAAUGGGGACAGCCCCUGCCCCUCCCUACCUCACAGGCAUGUUGUGAGAAUAAAUGAGGUAACGUGU